GUCGCUGGCAAUAUGAUGAUCAGAUUCACUUAUUUCAUAUUUAAUACAUCAAGCCCAUUGUCAAAUCCUCAUGUACCCUUCUCCCUCUUAUUCAACAAUUCUUUCUCCACACUGACUUUCUUUUUUCUUUUCUUUAAUUUCUUCUAUCCCUCGUUCUUUCUUUCAUAAUUACAGUACAUACAAUUUAAAAAAAAAUCAUCUUCAAUAUACUGUUGAAUUUUAACUAAUUAUGAAGAAUGGAAGGAUUGUAUGUAUGAUGUAUGGAUAAAUUGAGUUGUAAAUGUAUUCUGUACUGUUGAAAAAUCUUCAAAAUUCUGAUAUUCACAGAAAGUUAGCAAACCAUACCUAUGAUUACUAACUACGUACUGCAUUCCAUUAAAUGAAAGAUACACGCCCUCCUUCAUGCAGAAACUUUGGAAAACAUAAAUAACAAAUUCUCCACACGAGCCUUCGCUUACAUUGCAGCAAAUUAAAAGAACAUUUGUUCAAUAGAAACUUAUGUGAGAGCCCGUUUUGUACGUGUGGAUUUAUUGGAGACAACUUUGAUUUCCUCUUCAUGUGUGGAAAAUAUCAAAGUCAAAGAGAAAAGUUCAUUUUCACCCUGGAUAUGGACUUGAGCACCGAUAUACUGUUAGCAGGACACCAAGACAUAUCUGACGAAGAAAUUAUAAUUAUUGCUGCAGUGCAGAAUUUUAUUCUGUAUUCUAAAAGGUUUGGCUAAAAGCAAUCUUAAUAGAUAGCAUAGUUAACCCCAGUAACCAAUCUAAAUUUUUUACCUAUAUACAGCUAUGAUGUCAAUGCUGCUGAACCGCCGACGUCCUCAGCCGAGGCCAUUCCUCAUCGUGUGUUUCGACCCCUAGCUCGGUACAUUCUCAAGGUGGGGGCGCGUCGGUGCAUGCUCCAUUUUGACUUGAUUGUGGCGCCAUGUGCAUCUCCCCUGUGGUAAGGCCACGCGAAAAGAGGUAAGUAUGUGUUGUAGGGUUCCUCUCUGUCCACACUGGGGGCAGUCUGGUGUUUCUACAAGGUCCCAAUUAUGGAGAUUUGCUGAUGUUGGUAGCACGUCAUACACAGACCGAGGGAGAAACUGCAGUUCGAAUUGAGGGUACUUUCAGAUUUCCUAUCAAGACAAUGCACUAUGUACGUGAUAAUUAGAUAUCAAUGUAUAAUAUUCAAACAACUCGCUACUAAUUUUCGUUAUAUAUGUUUCACCAAUGUUCUUUAACUGACAUUUCAUUCCUUGAAUGUACAUCUUAUGUUUUAAUACACUACCUACAUAAAUUGUAAAUAAUUAAGCAGUGUUGUAAUUUGACCAAUAUUCUAGAUAACAUUAUGUUGAACUUCUGAGGGAGAUGGACUGUAAAAGCUUUAAGCUUGGUUCCAGAUCCUUUUGCAAAUUAAGAAAUGACAUUUUUGUAUUUUGUUUUGCGUGCUAUGGCUAUGGAUUAAAUAAAAUACUGUUUCAAACUAAACGAAAGGUAUGGAUAUUUCAUCAAAGCAUUAAAACAUAUAAGAAUGGUCCAUUUUGACGUUAACUAUUUGUAUAAUGAUAGAUCACACGGUUUAUUCAAAUACGACCAAAUGUCACAAUUUGAAGUCCAUAUUUCAUUGUUUUCUUCGAAAGGGCGAUCGCGCCUGCAGUGCUCGCCGUGCUUAAGCAUUGAAACCUUUCCAGCUACGCGCCUGGCUGUUCCUGUGAUUUCUAGGAAUAUCUCAUGAGAAGUUUUAUAUUUUGGUUGAAUAGGAAUGAUUUCUAAAUAAUAUGCAUCAAAUACCCGGGAACUUGAUCAGUACUAACUGAUUCUAUAAAGUGUACUUUCAUCUUUUCUAGAAUUAUACCAUGGCUGAAGGAGGCAACCGCAAUGGACCAUCAGCGGUUGAAUCAAUUUCAGACGACAAGAAAUGUAAUCAAGUGAAUGCCGACGGCGGGUCGGAUGACACAUCAAACGACAUGAAAUGUAUCCAAGUGAAUGCCGACGACGGGUCGGAUGUCCAAGCGAAUGCCGACGACGGGUCGGAUGACACAUCAGACGAUAGCAUGGACGGAUUCUUAAAAGUCAGUGUACUACGAAAAGAAGAGAAAUCUACUGUUUUACUAGUAGAAGGUGAAGAAUUCCGAGUUGAAAAUGGCACACAGCACGUAACAGAUGGCACACAACAUGAAACAGAGGACACACAACAUGAAGUGGAUGACACACAACAUGAAACAGGUGACACACAACAUGAAACAGGUGACACACAACAUGAAACAGAGGACACACAACAUGAAACAGAUGACACACAACAUGAAACAGAUGACACACAGCGUCAAAACACUUUAGUUACUAACGUUUAUGUCCUCGCCAUGAAUAUUCAUGUAUUUGCACUAUGCACACUUUUUCUAGUCCUUUACAUUAAUGCCACAUCUAACAACACUCUGCCGUUAAAGGAGAGAGAUCUGCCGAGUAUAGGUCGACCUAAUCAAAGGUAUGUGAACGCAAGCGAAGACACACAAUAUCAGUCUGACCAGGAUUUUCUCGCCAUUUGCACACGUGAUCAAGAGUUUCAAUACGUUCCAGACAGAAGCAAUGAGAGCCAGAUUUGUUCAUCCUCUUCCGAAGAGACACCACACAGAAUACGGGUAACAAUGAUUGAUGGCGGGUAUCGUAUAAUGGGGCCAGCAGCUGAUGCUAAUCGAGAGAACGAAGCAGCAACUGGUGGAAUGGAUGAGCACGAAGAAAGCAUCCAAGGUAUAUGUCCAGGAGGUGACGGCUUGAUAAAUACAUGUGGACUUGACAACUGGUUUUGUAUGUUUUGUAUACAACUAGAUAAGAACUCACGAUUACUCCGCGAGGUGAAACGUCUUGCUGAUGAUGGUAUUCAGCCAUUUCAGGAUCUCUAUAAGGCAUAUCUGUUAAGGCAGAGCGGCAAAAUCACGGCAGCCAAGAUGAGGCUAUGUAGAAACCGUGACAUGCGUAGCAGUGAAGCUUUUCGGAUUUUGGGGAUCCUGGAAACUCAAUUGCGUCAUACGUUCGUCUCUGAGAACGGAGAAUGUGAAACUCUCGAUCAGGUUAUCCUGAACAGGGCAAGGGAAAACGGAAGCCAAUGGGAAGAUAUAGCGGAACCAGUGGCGGCAUACGGACGGCCAACAGGAUCUAGGCAGUUGAUGAAUACCGAUAGACCACCAGUCUUCCUUUCACUACCGUUGCCUGAUUCUGAUAGCUUUAGGGAGGAUACGGAUCGUAUCAGCGCAACGAUUCAAUAUGCGGGUGUAUGGUAUUACCUUGCCAGUGUUACCUACAUUGUCCCGACCAACUCGACCGAGCUUCAGCAUCUCACUUCUCGUGUAUUUCUGCCAAAUGGAGAGUUUUCUGCUGAAGGUAUACCACAAGGUCGCUGGUGGUUCUACAAUAACACUACAGACGGCCGUCUUGUCCGAUUUAUAUCACCGCCAGAAUGUUAUACAUUAAGUAUGGCACAUUACGUAAGAGUGUUUCAAGAUGAUGACAUUGAAGGAGAGCGAGCACAACAACAAGAAAUGCGACAUGAACAUACAGACGAACAACGUCAUGAACUUACAGACGUACGUCAAGAACAUACAGACGUACGUCAUGAACGAACAGACGAACAACGUCAUAAACAUACAGACCAACAACGACAUGAACAUACAGACCAACAACGUCAUGAACUUACAGACGAACAACGUCAUGAACAUACAGACGAACAACGUUAUGAACUUACAGACGAACAAUGUCAUGAACAUACAGACGAACAACGAUAUGAACUUACAGACGAACAACGACAUGAACAUAUAGACGAACGUCAUGAACAUACAGACAAACAACGACAAGAACAUACUGACGAACAACAUGAACAUACAGACGAACAACAACAUGAACUAACAGACGAACAACAACAUGAACAUACAGACGAACAACGUCAUGAACAUACAGACGAACAACGUCAUGAACAUACAGACCAACAACGACAUGAACAUACAGACGAACAACAACAUGAACAUACAGACGAACAACAUGAACAUACAGACGAACAACGUCAUGAACAUACAGACAAACAACGACAAGAACAUACAGACGAACAACAUGAACAUACAGACGAACAACAACAUGAACAUACAGACGAACAACAACAUGAACUAACAGACGAACAACAACAUGAACAUACAGACGAACAACAACAUGAACAUACAGACGAACAACAACAUGAACAUACAGACGAACAACAACAUGAACUAACAGACGAACAACAACAUGAACAUACAGACGAACAACAACAUGAACAUACAGACGAACAACAACAUGAACAUAUAGACGAACAACAACAUGAACAUACAGACCAACGACAUGAACUAACAGACGAACAACAACAUGAACAUACAGACCAACGACAUGAACAUAUAGACGAACAACGACAUGAACAUUCAGACGAACAACAUGAACUUACAGAUGAACAACAUGAACAUACAGACGAACAACGACAUGAACAUUCAGACGAACAACAUGAACUUACAGAUGAACAACAUGAACAUACAGACGAACAACGACAUGAACAUACAGACGACCAACAACAUGAACACAGAUGAACAACAUGAACUUACAGACGAACAACGACAUGAACAUACAGACGAACAACAUGAACAUACAGACGAACAACAUGAACAUACAGACCAACA